AUGGCAAAGCAUCAUCCAGAUCUUAUCAUGUGUCGUAAGCAACCUGGCAUUGCUAUCGGUCGUUUAUGUGAAAAAUGUGACGGUAAAUGUGUGAUCUGUGAUUCAAUUUGUGAUGAAUGCAAUUAUGGAUCUUACCAAGGACGUUGUGUGAUUUGUGGUGCACCUGGUGUUUCGGAUGCUUAUUACUGUAAAGAAUGUGUUUUACAAGAGAAAGACAGAGAUGGCUGUCCAAAGAUUGUGAAUCUUGGAUCAUCAAAAACGGAUCUAUUUUAUGAACGGAAAAAAUAUGGAUUUAAGAAAAGAUAG